AUGGCCUCAUUGGACCUGCCCCAGGUCUACGAGAAGCCCGCCUACGAAACACUCCUCGCUGUCCUCGAAGGGCUUCGCCUCCAACCGCCUGUAUGGAACCACCGGGCGGGACGCGCCGCCACCGCCCAGGAGCAGGAGUCGCUUGGUGCUCUGCGCAGGGCCGACGUGACGCGGUACAUAUCGACGAUUGUGUCGUCGCCGCUGGGCUGGAUCGCCAACGAGGAGCAGAGGGAGACGCUGUGGGAUCUGGCAGCCCGGCGCAUGUCUGAGAGGUGCGGCCGGGCGGCCAUGGGCGACAUUGUCCGCAGGUGGCCGUUUGAGACGGCCGACGGCGGCGUGGGCGCGUACGAGCCCUUUGAGCUGGUGAUCCGGGAGCCCGCGCUGACGGGGGACUCGCUGGGCUUCAAGACGUGGGGGGCGUCGGCCGUGGUGGAGGCGAGGGGCGGAGAGGUGCAUGUCGGCGCGCUGACCUGGGGCGGUGGCGAGGACGAGGUUGAUCAGGAGCUGUUUGGGAGGGAGAAUCAGUUCAAGAUUGUCCUGGCCGCAGACCCCAUGUAUGACGACAAUCACCCGGCGCUGCUGGCAUCUGCCAUUGCCCAACACCUGGCGCUGGGCACGGAAUCGCGAGCUGUGGUCAUGGUACCUAAGCGUGACGGCACGACCAUCAGGCUUCUGGAGGCGUUCAAACAGGCCAUGCUUGAUCUUGAUGUUCCUCUGUUUUGUGUCGAGGAGGACGAGUUGGCCGGCCAGGAUGAUUGGGUAGGCGACGAUGAAGAGGGCCAUGUCCGAUGUUGGUUGGGUGUGUUUUCACGCGGCGGCUCGCCCAUUCCUGUUUAA